AUGGGCGACGAACCAUGGCUCGAUAGUCUUUCCGACGACUGGCCAUCGACGCCUACGACUCCUACUACGCCUGGGCCGGCCAAGUCCAAUCUUCCAUCUUCUCCCCGGCGUGGUGCACAGGUUACCCCCAGUCGCAUUCCAGUGGCUGCCCGCCGAUCUGUGGCACAACAGUCGUCGCCGGCCGACAGCCUGAAAAAGGUGACCCGGCCAUGUCAUUUCAUUAGGAGAGAACCUCCCACCCCGAAGACACCCCGAACUCCUAAAACACCCCUGAAGUCGCGAUCGACGACCCCCGUGAAGACCAGAACAACGAGUCCGCUGCCCUCUCCGAAGCCUGCCCCGAGACCAACACCGAAGCGCAGCCCGAAGCCCACCUCGAAGCCCACCUCGGGUGCGGCUGGCAAACCACGGCCGACGAUGGACACGCGUUCUCCGCUCCGAUCGGUCUCGAAUGUCUCCAGUCAAUCCGGUGCUCAAUCGGGCUACCAGACCACGGAUACCGUGCAGAUUAAACCAAAGAAAGCUCAAGAUGAAGGAGGAGCUACACCUGAAUGGCGGAAGCGCCUCGUGCGUGGGGAGAUAUCGGCGGGCGAACAACGCGACCUCUUUGCGCCAAUGGGGCUCGAGAGUGUGUUCAAGCCGCCGUCACCUGGCUCUGGAACCGGCCAGCAAGGCUACAUUCCGUUUACGCGGCAGGACGAUCAGCUGUGGGAAUUUAACGACGCGACUUCCCGGCGCGGGAGCGUGACAAAGGAAGAAGAGGAGAUCAACGACGCGCCGGAACAUCUGAUCGACGAAGUCUCGGGCACGGGAAUGGAAUCACCAAUGGGCACAGUCAACCGCGCACCCUGGGCGGAGAACUUGCCCGGCGGCCCUGGUUGUACCCAGGAGGGACAUUCGCAGGGGGAAGAUACUGGGACCCGAACUGCCAGUGGACUGGAAGACCUUCGCAAUGAGGGGAUAACUCCAAUCACGUUCAAUCGACCGAAUACGCUUGAAAGCGGUGCUACGUCCGAAGUGAUCAAGUCCGCGCUGAAGCAGGUCACCAACAAACUCGAGAGUCUGUCAAUGGAUCCCAACAGCCGCCCUCAUUCAGCGGCUAGCGACAGCGUCCUAUUCUACAACCACAGCGAACCCCGGCCCGAGGGCUCACCGCGAGAUGACAGCCUGCUGGAUGUGACGAGUCACUCCUUGCCGCAGGACCUAUCGAUGGGCACCGUCGAUUUCAGCCGCCGCGGCGCCAGCCGUGCUUUCCACCACCGCUUCUCCCCUUCGCCGUUUCCCUCCUACCGCAAAACGCCCGCAGCCCUCGCACACGCCAAAAUUCGCAGUUCACCCCUCUUCAGCCGCUCGCAGACCAACGGUUCGCCUGCCUUACCUCGCCCUUCCUCUUCUCACGUUCGUCCAUCAACAUCAGGGAAUGCAACAUCCAAGGAGGGAACAAUGCCUUCGUCGGGUAGUCCCCUGAAAUUGUUUGGUGAGCAUGAUACAUUCACGAACAAUCGACUACUGCGACGUAUGAGUCAGUUUGAAGAGACCUUCGGUGACGGCUCCGAUGGGGAUGAACCACCUUCACCAUCUGAGGAAGCACGUCGCAAAGGAGAGAGUCGCAGCUUUUUGAAUGCUAGACACGAGCCGCUGAGUGAAGUUUCAUCACGACUGAACGAGCGCCUAGCUUCGCGAAAUGUGAAUCGUCCUCGGAUAAGUCGAUUCGGAGACGGGGAAUUGGACAAGUUCGACUUCUCGGACGCCAGUCCCUACGAGAAUAAGUUGGUCUAUGAUGAAAUACAUGGAUUUGGAUCUCGGCCCACUUCACGGAAGCGAUCAUCAGGUCGGCAACAGUACCUGCGACGGCCAUCGCAGCAGCAAGAGUCUCUCCGAUACGCCAGGUCUGCCAGUUCCGGCUUCACUCGAAAGCCAUCCGCUUGGACGAGACAGAGUUACUUUGAUCACCUGCGUGACGCUUCAUGGUCAUCUCGAGUCAACAGGAAAGAGAAUGUCGGGAUCCCCGAGACCAAAAGAGUGCCCAAGGCUGCAGCAAUGGAUCCUACUCCAAAACGGCGCCGAACAAUAUUGCGAAAUGACAGCGCUGAGCCUGAGCAAGCUCAUACCAAGGGCGACCCGCCCUCAAGAUUCGGUGACAGCAUGUCUUUGUUGCAGAGAAGCUUGUUGCAGCAUGGGAUGCAAUUUGAGAAUGGAGACUACCUUGCCCCUCACGGUCCUUCUCGAUCUAUGCAACGUCCAAGAACGCCCACUCCUAGUCAAAUUCGAUCUGCUCACGAAUCCAAGGUUGCACCGAGUGGAGUGUAUUCGGAAAGCAACUUCGAUGAGCGCGACUAUUCAGAUUCUUUUUCUCUUGAGGGUGACAUCCCGCUGGUUAAGAUAACUGGCACUAGUGACUCGUCCCGAAAAGGGUCCAUUACGACCCAGGAUUAUUUCAACGAGGCGACGAAGAUCAUGGAGCUGAUCAGAUCCAAAGGCCGACCAGCAGCGGGAUUGACAAGUGUGCAGGAGUCUGACCCGGACAGCUUUUUCUCGCCCCCCAGCCGGGAAGGGACAGACCUUCGGAAGCAGCGCGAGCCGAAAGAGCUGAACCCACAGAUCUUGAGCUACCUGAAGAAAUACCAAGAGAGAGACGAUUUAGAAUUCGGUGCAAUUGAGUCCGAUAUGUCUCUGAAAAUGACAUUGGACCGCGACGUUCAGCUCAAGCCAGACGAUCAGCAAACCCGAGGGCUGGCACCCGAGCAGAGGAAACGAAAGCCUAGCGGAUCGAUUUAUGACAUUGCGGAUGAUAUUGCUCAUGAUUUGAUGACAAUUAAUACCCAAAUGUCUGGUUUCAGCAUUCACUCCGUUCCAACUGGGUCCUCACAGAACUCUCAAGCGAAAGGGAUGUUGUCUUCUGAUCUCGUAGCGCAUUUGAUUCCGGAACAGGUGAACGGCUUUGUUUAUGAUCGAUCGAAGCAUCAAUGGGUGAAGGACGAUGCGAAACCGCCCGUCCGCAAGUCCUUGCGCGAAGAUGACCAUGACGACCCGUUCCGAGAUAUCCCAGACUUGAGCGUGGAUGAACUCCAGGAAAUGAUGCGGGUUCAUGGUUUGAGUUCCCCUCCGAAGAGCCAGACUGGGGAUCAAAUGGAGGAUCAGCGUCAUCCACCGGGUGCAAGCACCUCGCCGACGAAAGCUGAUCACCGGCCGCACACAAGGGAUGGAUCGGUCAAUGCAAGUUCCAUGCAGUCUAGAAACACACCCUUCACAUCGAGUGUUCCCAACUCCGGGACCCGAGCUACGUCAUGGGGGACUGACGAGAUGCGCGAAAAAAAAGAUGCGGGAGCCAAACCUUCCAUGCGGGUCGCUUCUGCAACUGCCUCUCAACAACAACCCCAAAAGUCGCGUAUCGCGACCAUCUCCUUCUCAUCGCCCCUCGUCUCGCAUGUUGCGUAUCCAGAUGAUCCCACCCAGCCGGAAUCGAACAUCGAGCAAGGAGAACCAAAGGCCGAAAUUUCCGACGCGGCAGAUCCAAACGGCGCUUCUGCACGUUCUUCUGCUCCCCCAAGAGCGCGUGAAACCUCGGUUGCAGGGCAGCCAUUCGUUCGACGACCGGUUUCUAGGAUCGAUGAGCGCAACGAGGACUGCGGAGAUGAUCUUAGCCUUGUUCGGAUAGAUGAUUCACUGGUUGUCCAGAAUACCGCUGGCGGGAAUGCUGCAGAACAAUCGCUGGUCCCUCUUCUAUCCCCUGACCAGGAGACCAGCUACACUUUCCACCUUAGUCCGCUUCCUGAAUUCUCCGUCAACCAGCCGGACCGUCCUCUGAAUCUUGAAAUGAGCUAUGUGGCGCAGCGAACAAAUCCGACAUCCCUGAGACAGGUGCACGGUACCUUUGCACUUGCAACGGAAGAUCUGAUCAAGCACAUCACUGAUGUAGAGCCAUAUGAGCCGUUCUGGGAGCAUGUCCGCCGCCUGGUGCUUCGUCAAAAGGGAUUGAUCACUUUGCACAAGCUAAGUCACUUUUGUCCGCGCCUUGAGGACUUGGAUGUCUCCGACAAUGACAUUGGUCAGUUGAGUGGGGUACCCUCAAGCCUCCGCACCCUCAAGGCUCCUAGGAACCGCCUCUCCAACCUCACUCCAUGGAGUCACUUGACCAACCUGCAAUACUUGGACAUUUCUGGAAAUGAGAUCGAGACUUUGGACGGCUUUUCCGGUCUCAUCCAUCUCAGAGAGCUAAAGGCGAAUGACAAUCGGAUUCGCAAUAUCGACGGUAUCCUAGAACUGAAUGGGUUGUUGAGCUUGAAGCUGAGUAACAACUCGAUGACCGCCGUGGACUUCCAGGCGACCGAAUUAACCCGACUUCGGGAUCUCGACUUGAGUCACAACGGCUUGACUUCUGUGCGCAAUAUUGAAUGGCUCCCGUCACUUGCGACUCUUGAUCUUAGCGCGAACCAAAUUACUCGAUUCGAGUCGUCAGCAUCCCUGAUUAGCCUCCGUGCUUUAAGACUCUCCGGAAACCGUUUGAAUGUUCUCGACAUGAAGAAUUUCUCGUCUGUAAAUCUCCUCUAUCUGGAUCAGAAUUGCCUGUCGACUAUUGACGGACUGGAACAUUGUCACAACCUUGAGGUACUUUCGGUCCGCGAGCAGGCUGAUUCUGCCACUGCCCUGGCUAUUGACUUGGGCCAUGUGAAAGAUAUUCGCAAAGUUUUCUUGUCAUCCAACAAGCUCUCGCGUAGCUCUCUUUCCCCAUCCGCUCCUCUGCUACGACUCCAGCUUCUCGACAUCGCUGCUUGCACAUUGAAUGCGCUUCCCAGCGAAUUCGCUUCUUGCUUCCCCAACCUCAAGGUGUUGAAUAUGAAUUUCAACUCCGUUACAGAGCUAGAGCCAUUGGUGGGCAUGAACUGCCUGACCAGGCUGACUAUCGCUGGAAACCGUCUUGCGCGAAUGCGACGUGUUUGUCAAAUCUUAAGUCGUCUUGGAAGGACAAGCAAAGGAAAUCCUUGUUCACUUCGAAAGCUUGAUAUUCGCGGCAAUCCCCUUACUAUAGGCUUUUAUCCCCCGGCACUUACUGGGAAUGGAUCAAAUGCAGACCGGAAGAAGUUGAAGGAUCAGGAAAAAGCAGUUGUCCAGCAACCCGAUUAUCGCCGGGACUUGUCUGAUGCUCUUGCUGAUCUGGACCAGAACGACCAUGUUGCUCAGGCAGUCGCCUGGGAUGACGGCACCAAGCCCGAUCGAGACGUUGAAGUCAACGAUCCCUUCACCCUGCCAGCCGCCGAUCCACGGGCGGAUGAGAAAUACGUUACUCACCUGGAUCGUGCCACUCGACUGCGGCGAAGGGUAUUGGAACUACUCCUCUAUGCUGGCACUAGUGGAUCAUUACACAAUCUCGACGGGUUGGAGCUGCGACCGUCGUUAGGCGAGGACCAUCCAGACAUGGGUCAAGCCUGGGCAAAAUUGGAGGAGCUGGGUGUACUUCGCCGGAAGGCCAUCACAAACUAA